UCUAGUGUGCGCGCCCGUGUGUGUGUGUGUGUGUGAGCAUGGCGGUGCCGCUGGUGUUUGACAGCGUGGUGUGUGUGCUCCUGGGGGUCUCGCUGACCGUCUGGUUCACACUCCUCCUCGUCUUCAUCGUCACGCCCGCCGUCUUCGGACUCUCCUUCGGGAUACGCCGCCUAUACAUGAAGACACUACUCAAGGUGUUCCAGUGGGCCACUCUGAGAAUUGAGAGAGGAGCGAAAGAGAAGAACCAUCAACUCUACAAACCCUACGCACACGGCAUCAUUGCUAAAGAGCCGACAUCUUUGGAGGAGGAGCUAACAGAGAUCAGACGCAGCGGCAGCAACCGAGAACUGGACGUAGCCGCGGCAACCAACGCUAACAAUGAAAUCUCCACGGAAACCAAAAUCAAUAAUGACAUCUCCACGGAAACCAAAAUCAAUAAUGACAUCUCCACGGAAACCAAAAUCAUCAAUGAGAUGUCCGCCGCAACCAACACUAACACCAACAUCGACGCGUCCUUGACAACCAGCAACAACACCGAUAUCUCCACGACAACCAACACGAACAAUGAGAUCUGCACGGCAACCAAUUCUAACAUAGAUGCCUCCUUAGCAACCAACACCGACACAGAUGCCUCCUCGGAGACCAACACCCCCACGUCCUCCAUGGCAACCAGUGUUUCCUUAGCAACCAACUGCUCCUCGUCGUCAGCGGAGUUUGAGCUGUCGGACCUCUUCUGGUUCUGUCGCCGGGGAGUCGAGAGCAUCGUAGACGACGAGGUGACAAAGCGUUUCAGUGCGGAGGAGCUGGAGACCUGGAAUCUGCUGACGCGCUCCAACUACAACUGUCAACACCUCAGCUCACGACUCACAGUGCUAUGGGGACUUGGAGUACUCAUUAGAUACGGCUUCCUACUGCCACUCAGAGUGACGUUGGCCUUCACUGGAGUGAGUCUUCUCGUCGUCUUCACAACAAUCAUCGGACUGAUGCCCAACUGCAGGGCUAAGAGUUUUCUGAGUGAGACGGUUCAUCUGAUGUGCUACCGGAUAUGUGUCAGAGCUCUCACAGCCAUCAUCACAUAUCACCACAGUGAGAAUAAGCCUAAGAAUGGGGGCAUCUGCGUGGCCAAUCACACGUCCCCGAUCGACGUCAUCAUCCUGGCCAGUGACGGUUGCUACUCAAUGGUUGGCCAGAUCCACGGUGGUCUGAUGGGGGUGAUCCAGAGGUCCAUGGUGAAGGCGGCGCCACAUAUUUGGUUCGAGCGCUCGGAGGUCAAGGAUCGACACCUGGUGGCCAAGAGGUUGAGUGACCAUGUGGAGGACAAAACAAAGUCUCCCAUCCUCAUCUUCCCUGAAGGCACCUGUAUUAACAACACAUCUGUCAUGAUGUUCAAGAAAGGAAGCUUUGAAAUCGCAUCCACUGUCUACCCAGUAGCCAUUAAGUAUGAUCCUCGGUUCGGCGAUGCCUUUUGGAACAGCAGCAAGUUCGGGAUGGUGAGCUACCUGCUGCACAUGAUGAGCUCCUGGGCUAUAGUCUGCAGCGUCUGGUACCUCCCGCCCAUGACACGACAGGAGGGUGAGGAUGCUGUGCAGUUUGCCAACCGAGUGAAGGCCGCCAUCGCACGCCAAGGAGGACUAGUCGACCUACUGUGGGACGGCGGUCUGAAGAGAGGGAAAGUGAAAGACACCUUUAAAGAAGAGCAACAGAAACUCUACAGCAAGAUCCUGACACAAGGAACACACACACACACACAGGACAGAAGCAGAUCAUAACACACACACACACACACACACACACACACACACACACACACACACACACACACACA